AUGGUGUCUAUGGCGCUUCGUGCGCGUGCUUUGGCUACCCCCACGCUCCGUGCGGGCGCUAAGCGUUCUCUGCACACUUCGCGUGUGGUGUGCGGCGAGCAGGCCCCCUCGUCUGCUGCGCAGUCUGCCCAAUAUCCCCAGGAGGGUUUCAACUCUUCGCUCUGGCGCUUCGGCCUUAUUGCCCUGAUCGGUGGCGCGGCUGCCUACCGUCUUACUGCGACGAAGAAGGACGGCUCGGAGGAGCCUGCGCCGCUGACCAAGUACAUUGAGUCGCUCACGACGCCCACCGAGGAGACGGUCAAGAACAACCAGGCGCACCUCGACUGGACCCUGAAGAAGGCCGAGUCGCAGCUCCUGAUGCAGGACGCCCAGAAGCCCAAGGCCCACCGCCUAAAGGACCUUACUAUCUUUGAGCAGUACCCCCGCCGCAACCUGCCUGUGGGCGGCGAGGUCGACAUGUCGGACCUCAAGCUCAACCCCGAGCGUGUCUAG